CUAACUUUGCCAUACCAUACCAUCCGCACCUUCAAUCUAUAAUAACCAUGUCUACAACACCACCGCCAAUACCGAAACUAGAAUCGGAAGAUAAUCAUCCAUCUUUACCUCCUGCAGCGGCGUCAUGGACAACAUACUUGGUCCAAGAUGUUCCUGCUGAGCUAAGGAAGCAAAGGGGGAUGGCGGUCCCACUGGUGAUGAUGAACUUAACGUGGUUCAUCAAGCAGGCAAUCACGGUAGCCUUCUUGGGGCGACUUGGUGAACUACAAUUGGCUGGAGGUGCACUAGGAUUCACGUUUGCAAAUGUCACCGGAUACUCUAUACUGACGGGCUUGUGUGGAGCCAUGGAACCGAUAUGUGGUCAAGCAUAUGGUGCACAGAACUACAGACUACUUCAUAGGACCCUCUUCAUGGCAACUCUUUUGCUGCUCGUUGCCACCCUUCCAAUCUCUAUCCUUUGGCUGAAUAUUAGCAAAAUUCUUCCUCUUUUUGGGCAACAAGAGGAUAUGGUAGCUAUGGCUCAACGCUAUCUUCUUUAUCUGCUCCCUGAUUUGAUGGUGAACGCCUUUCUUUGCCCUCUGAAAGCAUACUUGAGUGCUCAGGGUAUCAAUGUUCCUAUUAUGUUAAGUUCUACUCUUGCUGUAAUUUUCCAUGUUCCCAUCAACAUACUUUUGAUAAAAGCAAAGGGUGUUGAAGGGGUAGCCAUAACAGUCUGGAUAAGUGAUCUUCUGGUAACUUUACUGCUCGCAUUCUACGUGUUACACAUGGAACUGAGGGGGAGAGAAAAGUGGCAGGAAGGGGGAUGGUGGGAUCAGGGUAUCAAAGAAUGGCGUGCCUUGCUCAGCUUAUGCGGGCCGUGCUGCCUGACAACCUGCUUAGAGUGGUGGUGCUACGAGAUCCUAGUCCUCCUCACAGGGAGACUUCCUAAUGCUAAGGAAGCCAUUGGGGUGCUUGUAAUUGUGAUCAACUUCGAUUACUUGCUCUUUUCGGUGAUGCUCUCCCUUUCUGUAAGUGCAUCAACCCGGGUGUCCAAUGAGCUCGGGGCAAACCAACCAAAAAAUGCUUACAAAUCAGCCUAUGUGUCCCUCAUAACAGCAGCUUUUUCUGGAUGUGUGGGGGCCAUGGUCAUGGUGGCAGCCCGGGGUUGGUGGGGCUCACUAUUCAGCCAUAGCAAGGGGGUAAUCAAAGGGGUAAAAAAAAUGAUGGUCUUGAUGGCUAUGAUUGAAGUGGCAAACUUUCCAUUGACAGUUUCCGGAGGGAUUGUCCGAGGAACAGCAAGGCCAUGGCUUGGUACAUUUGCAAGCCUUGGUGGGUUCUACUUGCUGGCUUUACCUUUGGGGAGUGUCUUGGGUUUCAAAGCAAAGCUCGGGCUUGGGGGUCUUUUCUUGGGGUUCUUGGUAGGUGCAUCAACCUGCUUGAUUUUGCUACUGGUGUUUAUAUCAAGAAUUGAUUGGGCCAAAGAGGCAGGCAAGGCUCAAAUACGUGCCGCAGCCGGCGAAGAGUUUUUGUCAGAUGAGGGCUCUGUCUAGGAAAAAAGAGAGAAUUUUGAAGUUACAGCGUGAUACAAUUGAUCAGCAUUCUAAAACAGAAUUCAGACAACACAAAAAAUGUAAUUUAUCUGACUGAAGGAAAUCAAUGGAUUU